CUCCCGCCAAAAUCCCAAACCCCCAAUUUACCCGCCAAAAACCCUAAAACCAGAGCCGAACACUGAACAAAGGAAAUUCUAAGAAGCGGAAAACUAAAAACCUCUAAUCGCAAAAACCAGAGCCAACUCGUUUCCAAUCUUCUAAAUCUCUCACCAUGAAAAUUCGUACACUGAAGCUACGAGAAGCCCACAAAUCCUCCACCAUCAAUGGCGGUCAUCCUUCCUUCUGCUCCAUCUUGUGGGACUACAAUGCCUGCCACUUGGUCACGGCUUCCUCCUCCGAUUCAGCUAUCUGCAUUCAUGACCCUCUUCUCAUUUCAGAUGGGCCCAGGAUUCUCCGCCACCACCGUGACGGCGUCACAGCUUUAGCACUUAGUCCCAAUUCUACCUGCCUUGCCUCUGGAUCUAUUGAUCAUUCCGUCAAGCUCUACAAGUUUCCCGGUGGUGAGUUUGAGACUAAUAUUACUAGAUUCACACUGCCAAUACGUGUUCUUGCAUUUAACAAGUCAGGGAGCAUGCUAGCUGCUGCUGGUGAUGAUGAAGGCAUUAAACUUAUUAAUACAAUUGAUGGUUCAAUUGCAAGGGUUCUGAAAGGACAUAGAGGACCUGUUACUGGCUUGGCAUUUGACCCUAAAAGUGAAUAUUUGGCAUCAGUUGAUUCACUUGGAACUGUAAUAUUCUGGGAACUACAGUCUGGGAGUAUGUUGCAUACCCUUAAAGGUGUUGCUCCUGACACUGGUUCAGAUAUUUCUAAUAUGAAUAUAGUUAGCUGGAGUCCUGAUGGGGAGACGUUAGCUGUCCCUGGUUUAAGAAAUGAUGUGGUGAUGUAUGAUAGAGAUACAGCUGAAAAAUUGUUCUCAUUGAGAGGUGAUCAUGUACAACCUAUAUGUUUCUUGUCUUGGUCACCAAAUGGCAAGUAUAUGGCUACUUCUGGUUUAGACAGGCAGGUUCUAAUAUGGGAUGUUGACAAGAAGCAGGAUAUUGAUAGGCAGAGAUUUGAUGAGAGAAUAUGCUGUAUGGCAUGGAAGCCUACUGGUAAUGCGUUGGCCGUUAUUGAUGUUAUGGGAAGGUAUGGCCUGUGGGAAUCAGUUGUUCCAUCUUCAAUGAAAUCUCCUAUAGAAGAUGUUCCAAGUUUGCAGUCAAAGAACAAUAAUGGGCUUCUUUUUUAUAAAGAGGAGGAUGAGGAGGCUAGUGCUUCUGGUAGUUUCAGUGAUCUUGGUGAAGAUAGCCUCGGAGAAUCAGAACCACCAUGCAGGAAGAGAUUAAGGAAACGGUCUGAAUUUGAUGAAGAACCAGAGGAAGACAUCAAUGAUGAGUUGAACUUGUUACCUAAGAUAGAACCCAGAAAAAAGGUGCAUCGUUCUGGCAAGGAAAACAUGGAUAAGGGAAAUGAGGGACUAAGAAGCACAGCAACAUCUGCUAGGUCGAAAAUGCAGGAGGCUUUUCAGCCUGGAUCAACUCCUCUGCAGCCUGGGAAGAGGCGCUUUUUGUGUUAUAACAUGCUUGGAACUAUAACUACAGUUGAACAUGACGGAUACUCCCAUGUAGAGAUCGAUUUCCAUGAUACUGGCAGAGGUCCACGAGUUCCUUCAAUGACGGACUACUUUGGUUUCACAAUGGCGGCAUUAAAUGAGAACGGAAGUGUUUUUGCAAAUCCUUGCAAGGGCGAGAAGAACAUGAGUACUCUUAUGUACCGCCCAUUCAGUAGCUGGGCAAACAAUAGUGAGUGGUCUAUGCGAUUUGAAGGGGAAGAAGUGAAGGCUGUGGCACUUGGCAUUGCUUGGAUUGCUGCAGUUACUAGCCUUAAUUUUCUGCGCAUCUACACAGAGGGUGGUUUGCAGAGGCAUAUUCUCUCCCUUGAUGGGCCAGUGGUGACUGCAUCAGGCUUCAAAAAUCAACUUGCUGUUGCCAUUCAUGUUUCUGAUUGUCUUCCAUCAAAUGAUCAGAUGCAGAUGCUAGAGUUCAGAGUAUUUGACAUAUCUAAUGGCACCCAGCCAUUUAGAGGACGUCUUCCGUUAAGUCCGGGUUCACAUCUAACAUGGUUUGGUUUUAGUGAAGAAGGCCAAUUAAGUUCAUAUGAUUCUAAGGGUGUCUUGAGGGUUUUCACAAGUCAAUAUGGUGGCAGUUGGCUUCCACUCUUCAGUGCUGCUAAAGAGAAGUCCAACGAAAACUAUUGGGUGGUCGGACUGAAUGCAAGCAAAUUGUUUUGUAUUGUUUGUAAGAGUCCAGAGUUGUUCCCACAGGUGAUGCCCAAACCAGUCCUUACUCUACUAAAUCUCUCAUUUCCUCUUGCUUCCUCUGAUCUGGGAGCCGAUGCCCUUGAAAAUGAAUUUAUCCUCAAUAAUAUGCACCUCUCUCAGAUUCAGAAAAGAAUAGAAGAAACAGCAGGCGCUGGUUUGGACACCGGUGCACUUGAUGACGAGGCUUUUAAUACUGAGGCAGCUCAGGAUAGAUGCAUUCUCAGACUGAUUGCAUCUUGCUGCAAUGGUGACAAGCUUGUUAGAGCUACUGAACUUGUAAAGCUUUUAACACUGGAGAAAUCAGUGAAAGGAGCGAUAAAGCUAGUUACAGCUUUGAAGCUUCCUAAUUUGGCAGAACGUUUCAACAGCAUAUUGGAGGAAAGAUUGCUGAAUGAGUCAAAGGAAAAUCUAAACCGUCCACUUAUAAAUUCAAGCAAUAUUGUGCUUCAUUCAACCAAUGUUACAGUCAGCAAGACCUUGGAUUUAUCAGGACAAAGCAAAAGUAUUCCAUUGUCAGCACCAAAACUCUCAGCCCCUUUGAUUAAACAGGAAAAGGAAGAAAGUAGCGAUGUGAACCAAACUGCAAAUGGGGAGACCAACAAAGAGAAAGUAAAAAAUGCUGGAAAUGCAAGUAUCUUUGGACAGACGAAGAUUGCAGAAUUAUCUAAAGUAAAACCUCAACAACGCCUCUCUGAUCCGUUUUUAAAGUCAUCAAACAAUCAAGAAACUGAAAAGAAAGAAGAUAAGAUAAAUCAGGUAAAAUCUCAGCGUCCUUCUAAUCCAUUCAAAAAGUCACUAAAUUAAGUUUUCUGUACUUGAUCACAUUAUCCAAACCACUUCUAAAAUGGGUUGGAUAAGUAUUUUGGUUGAACAAAAUAUUUGUUGUAAAUAUAUAGGUUCUGUUUAAUCUCAUCCAAUCCAAGUGUACCUCUUCUUAUUACUACAAUGACAAGUUUGCAUUGGACCAAUGAUUUGAGAUCUUGGGAAUCUCUACUUCAAUGUACAGAGAACUUCUUAACUUGAAAGAAAAGUGAGGCCCAACCAAUGACCAUUGCAUUUUACUGGUCAGGCUGGCUUUGGCUUUUUUUUCUUUUUUUUUUUCUUUUGGAAUAGAGUGGAAAUCUUCAAAGAA